AGAACUGGAAAGCAAAGGGUAGGGCGGCGUGGGUGGGGAACGUGUGUUAAGGUCUGAGAACUGGGAGGAGGCCCUUCGAAGGGCACGGUUAUGCAGGAGGUACGAGAACUUGGUGGAGGGCCGAACCCUGCCACACGGACAGGUGGGACCUUACCUGGGGCGACCCCUGAGCUGACGGCUGUUCCUUUUCUGUCUUCUCGCCCCCCACCCCACCUGCCAGCGGUAGUCCUCGGCCUGCCCAGCGCCUGGGCGGAGGAGGCGUGCACGCGCACCUGCCCGGCCGCCUGCGCCUGCAGCAGCACCGAGCGCGGCUGCUCCGUGCGCUGUGACCGCGCCGGCCUCCUGCGGGUGCCGGCCGAGUUUCCGUGCGAGGCAGCCUCCAUCGACCUGGACCGGAACGGCCUGCGCUUCCUGGGCGAGCGGGCCUUCGGCACGCUGCCGUCGCUUCGCCGCCUGUCGCUGCGCCACAACAACCUGUCCUUCAUCACGCCCGGCGCCUUCAAGGGCCUGCCGCGCUUGGCCGAGCUGCGUCUGGCGCACAACGGCGAGCUGCGCUACCUGCACGCGCGCACCUUCGCCGCGCUCAGCCGCCUCCGCCGCCUCGACCUGGCCUCCUGCCGCCUCUUCACGGUACCUGAGCGCCUCCUGGCCGAGCUGCCCGCCCUGCGAGAGCUCGCCGCCUUCGACAACCUGUUCCGCCGCGUGCCCGGCGCGCUGCGCGGCCUGGCCAACCUGACGCAUGCGCACCUGGAGCGCAGCCGCAUCGAGGCGGUGGCCUCUAGCUCGCUGCAGGGCCUGAGGCGCCUGCGCUCGCUCAGCCUGCAGGCCAACCGCGUCCGCGCUGUGCACGCAGGCGCCUUUCGCGACUGCGGCGCCCUGGAGCAUCUGCUGCUCAAUGACAACCUGCUGGCCGAGCUGCCUGCCGAAGCCUUCCAAGGCCUGCGCCGCCUGCGCACGCUCAACCUGGGCGGCAACGCGCUGGGCCUUGUGGGGCGCGCCUGGUUCGCCGACCUGGCGGAGCUUGAGCUGCUCUACCUGGAUCGCAACAGCAUCGCCUUUGUGGAGGAGGGCGCCUUCCAGAACCUCUCGGGCCUCCUUGCUCUGCACCUCAAUGGCAACCACCUCACCGUGCUGGCCUGGGCUGCCUUCCAGCCUGGCUUCUUCCUGGGCCGCCUCUUUCUCUUCCGCAACCCGUGGCGCUGUGACUGCCGCCUGGAGUGGCUGCGGGACUGGAUGGAGAGCUCCGGGCGCGUGGCCGACGUGCCGUGCGCCUCCCCAGGCUCCGUGGCCGGCCUGGACCUCAGCCAGGUUGCCUUUGCGCGCACUUCCGAUGGCCUCUGUGUGGAUCCCGAGGAGCUGAACUUCACCGCAUCCAGUCCAGGCCCGUCCCCAGAGCCUGCGGCCACCACCGUGAGUAGGUUCAGCAGCCUCCUCUCCAAGCUGCUGGCCCCAAGGGCCCCGGUGGAGGAGGUGGCCAAUACCACCGAGGGAACGCUCAACACCUCUCUGUCUGACAGCCUUCUCUCCGGUGGGGUCGUUGUUUUGGGCCACAGCACCUGGUUUCUCCUCGGCUCUGGUCUCCUGCUCAUCGUGGUGUUUGUCCUACACAUGGACUGACCUUGCCUCACUGGGGUGGCCCAGAUUGCCUUGGCCAGCGGAGGAAAGUUGCGUUAACUGGCUUGAGGUGUUUGUGGUGGGGGAAGAGGGGAACUGGAUGGGGCAGGUGGUGAAAAUUCCAGCCCAGGAUGGAAGGGACAGUUUACUUCCAGAGAUGGUCCUAGGAGGAGGAGAGCCCUGGGCAGUGCCACACCGGGAUGGGGUGAAGGUGGGGAGAAGAAUGGAUUUAUGCUCAUGUCACCUGGGCAUCAAUUGGACAAGAGAAGCAAGAGUGAACAUGGGCCCUCCAGUGAGAAGACUAGGAAUUGGAAGCUCUUAGGGCUACAGGGCUCUACCCCCAUCCCUUGCCCCCAUCUUCCAGGACACAGACUGCAGUGCCUGAAUUAGAGUCAAUCCAGUGGCUAAAUACUAAGAACUGUGCUAGUUUUCUGGCAGGACAGCUCAUUAAGCCCAGUCCCUUUGUUUUCUACCACAAUUGCCCUCCCCCUCCCCUAGGGGCAAGGGCCACUAGGAUCCAGAAAGAUGCACAGGACAGGAGAGAAGGGGGAUGUGAGAGGAACUUAGACUCGAGGGAGGUGGCCAUGGUUCCUGGGGUCUGGAAUGUGUUAAGAGGCAUUGAAAACAAAGACCCGUUUCACUUACUCCACAAUUAUUCCCAGGGGUGGCCUUAGCCACAAAGCAACUCUAGGGCAGGGUAGGGGAAAAAAGAGGGGGAGCGGGUUUCUGUAUACAAAUAAAUGGGUAAAAUCCUAAGAUUAAAAAAAAGAAAAACGUUAAACAAGUUUUUGUACCUCAGGAGUUUUUUUUAGAGUCUUUCAUAUGCAAACAUGCAUUGUGAAUCUCCAGGAAGGCCACAAAAUCCUCUUUUCUUAGGUUUUGUGGGAAGAGUGUCCAGAGGACAGAGAUGCUGUUAGUAGGGCAGGGAGUCUUCAGCUUGGAUGAUCCCAUUAGGUGCGGAAAUCAUUAUGGGCGGCACACUUUGGGGCUGACUAAUGGCCAGGAGGAAAGGAGGCAGCCAAUAGCUGGGAAGGGGGCCUGACAGAUUUCCCAGGGUGGGAGUUGGCCAACUCUAAGCCCCCAGGCCUGAGUGCCAGGGCAAAUUCUGUAUGUCUGCUAAAUACUUGCUCAAGCAGUUGUCCACGCACAAGUAAUGAUGACUUCAUUCGUCAACUUGCUGGAAAUCCUCAGUUUUAAUGUCCUGAAUUCCUCUGUCUGUAUUUACAGAGCUGGGUUUUCAAAGCUCACAUAAUUCAGGGUGCACCAAGCUGUCAGGUCUUCAUGGUGAUAGUACUUCUGUGUCUGUAGGUGAUACUAAACAUUAGAAAUGUUGCAGAAAGACCUCUGAGGGUAGGAGUGUUCAAACGGGCUGUGACCAUUAGUGGUCAAUCAACUCAAUUUAAUGGGUCACAACCAGCGUU